UAUCUAGAAAGACAAAGUCAACAGCACACAUCGAGACAAGUUUAACCAUUGUUAAAAUCACACAAACCUUUCAAACAUCACUGCAUUUUUCUGUGUUUUUACUCUGGUAAUUAAGAGACAGAAGUGAGGACUGUCACCAUGCCCAUGCCAAAGUCCGGGCCUGGUCCGCCCCCUAAAGACAUUUAUGAGUUCUCCAUGGACGAAGAGGAGGCUCAGUCUCUCCACUUGCACCGGAAGUCUUUAGAGAAGACGUCUCCUCUGAGCAAAUAUAUUGAGACCGAGCACCAGCAGGCAGGGCUCUUCUCUCUGCCUCCCCUCGAUUCCUCUCUGGAUGCUGCUGACCUCCAGAAAAAAAGGAGGAAGAAAUGUGGUAACUGCACUCCCUGCCUUCGCAAAGAGAACUGUGGCACCUGUGCAAACUGUGAGAACCGCAAGACAGGCAAACAGAUCUGCAAGCUGCGUAAAUGUGAAAAGCUGAAGAAGAGACAGAAUGAGUGGGAGGUGAGUUCGGUGGAAUAUUUUGAAGACAACCGACGAGGCGGCUCCAGAAUCUGUGAACUGGCAGCUGAGACUGUUCCCAAAGUCACUUCAGUGGAUGGCCCCAGAAGUGGAGGCCAGAUGGAAAUUGGGUCACAUGACCGCCUCCAGGAAGGCGCGCUGAGCCUGGAACUGGCCAAUGGGGUGAAUCGCUACCCUAAUGAUGAUGCGACAUCUAUGGAAACAGAGCAGCAGAGGGCAGGAAGCGCACCUCCAAAGCAGUGCUGGGUGUCAGGACAUGGCAAGGUCAGUGACACCCAACAACAGCAACCAUGUUGGAGAAGCAGCAGCGGUACAACCCCUGGUGAACCUGUCCACCAUGCAGACAUGGAGGAUGCCCACAAUCUGGUGGCUUUUUCUGCUAUUGCUGGCUCAUUGCCUCCUUCUUCCUCCUCUUCAUGUCUCAUACAGUCUAACACAGCCCAGCUGUAUGAGAAUUUCACCAAGGAGAUGGGCACUGAAGGGGCUCAGGCCAAAAUCUCUUCAGGAGCUCCUGAGGGGAGCUGCCAAACUCCAGAAGACCUGAACACUCUACAGACAGCACUGAGCCAAGCCAAACAUGGACACAAGCCCCCAAACUGCAACUGUGAUGGGCCCGACUGUCCAGACUACCUUGAGUGGCUGGAGAAGAAGAUUAAGUUGGCAACCACUGAGGAUCAAGGUGCCUGCAAGAUGGCUGAUGCUACCCCACACUUACAGUCUCACCUACAGCAGCCCCAUUUGCAGCAUCACCCUCAGCCCUACCCCCAGAUGAAUGGUGGCCACCGUCUGUCAGCUUCAUACCCCCAGCAGCAACAUGGAACUCAAGGCCCUCACCCAGACCAAGUGCCCUGCCCCAAACCCCCAAUUCCCUGCUCUCCCCAGGUGCUCUCCAUAGCCAAGGAAAAGAACAUCAGUCUUCAGACAGCCAUCGCCAUAGAAGCCCUGACCCAGUUAUCUGGUACUGGUCCACAGUCUGCCAGCUCUCAAGUUCUCUACAACAAUAACCUCCAUCACCACCAACAUACCCACAACUUCCAGUCUCAGCCCCCUAAUGGCACUAGCUUGAUCCCGUCCUGUCCCAGCACCCACUCAUCUUCCUCACGCUCUCAAUCCGUCCCCCCAGGACUACACACCAUUCAGCAGGCUCAAAUAUCCUGCGAACACCAUAGGCCCCAAUCCCAGGGACAGCCAGCCCAUGCUUCCCCUCUCCCAUCCUCUACCUCUCCUUUCCCUGGUCAGGGAAAACAUCCAGGCUUCAACCCUAAUCCCCAGCAGUGGCAGCAGGGUCUGGACAGAGGCUCUGACCAGAGGAACCCAUGGAUGUGUAUAAAGUCUGAGCCCCAGUCUCACUAUGCUGCUGCACCUCACAGCAGUUCAGACCCCAUGUCAGAGCUUAAACAGCUGCUUGGUGACACCAGUGGCAAGUUCAGCAAUGCACAUUUCAAGCUUCCAGUCACACAGCAGAUCAGCUUGAACCAGAAUGGAGGUACCCAGGCCCAGGACAACCCAGCACUGGCCAGGAUAAAGCAGGAACCAGACUCUGGGGAGCACUACCAUCACACUGCCUCCAUGGGACAUUACGGCAUGGUUAAUGGUCAGCAGCAGGGUCAGCACUACCCUGGCACUCCCCUGUCUCCUGGCCAAGCAGCCAUAAGCCACUCCACUCAGGCAGCUCUGCAACAGCACCUUCACUACAAGAGGAACCUCUUCUCUAACCACUCCCCUGGCUUUGGAGCACCGGGCCCUCGUGCACCUCUGGCUUGCCAAAACUUGAAAAAAUGGUGGCCACAGAUGGAGGCGGAAGGAUUGCCACAUCUGGCUAUCAAACAGGAACCCAAGAAGAGAAAAAACAGCCAAGGCUCUCCUGUCAUAAAAGCUAUGAGUGGUAUGCUUGCUGCCCCUCCCUUGCCCAAGCCCAAACAGAUAAUCAUCAAAAAGACCAAGCAGAAAGCCUCCAUGCCAACCUUCCUGCCUCAAUCUCAGAUCACCGUACAAAAACCAUCAGUCCUCAUGAUGGACAGAGCCCCGGCCCUGGCCAGCCUGCAACCAGGUUGUCUCCCUACUCUGCCCCUCCACGGUAACUCCACUCAGGCUGCUGCUGCAGGCCUCCCUGCCCCAGCCCUAUCUCAGGUAUCCAUUUCCAACUCCUCAAUGACCCCCUCUUCCACUGUUUAUGCUUCGCCAGAAAACACUCCAGCCCUCAUGGGCCCUCUGCCCCCACCUGUGGCCCCUGUAGCUCAUGCUACAUCAGAGGGAGUGGGCAGCCUGGCCUCCAGUAACACCAGCACCACCACACCUGUGACCUCCACAUCUCCAUCCAGCACCUCACAAUUGCCGAGUGUCAUCAACAUAGACCCCAAAUACGAAGAAUUGAUCCGCCAGUUUGAGGCUGAAUUUGGGGAUUCAGCCCCAGAAGUACCUGCCAGUCAGCCCACAGGGGAGACUGCUACACCUCCUCAGUCAAAGAAUCAGUCCCAGACCAGUCCUCAGGACCCCAGUCCCACAUCAUCUUCCACCUCAAAGUCAGCUCCUUUAAUUCUUGCCACUCAAGCCAGCUCCACACCUCAUCCAGAUGAUCAGGAGAUGGAAGUCAGCAAGGAUGAGUCAGGGACCCAAAGUGAAGCAACCUUGAGCCAGGCACCCUCAGAAAGUGCUACGGGGGAUGUCUCUCUGCAUCAUCAGGCCAUUCUGGACAGGCAGCAGCAGCAGCAGCCCAGUGUGUUGGAGGAUAGGUUUAGCAUGCCAUGUUCUCCGCUGCCCAAACGCAUGAAGAUCGAAACCUCGGGUGAUAUAGCAGUACUUUCCACCACAUGCUAUUCUGAAGAGGACACACCCACCAAGGACAGUCUGCCUUCUUCUCCAUCUCUCAGAGGCUUCCUAGAGUCUCCCCUGCGCUACCUGGACACACCAACCAAGUCAUUGCUGAGUACUCCUUCCAAGGAUCUACAGGCGGAGUUCCCCAUCUGCACCUGCGUGGAACAAAUCCUGGAGAAAGAUGAAGGGCCAUACUACAAUCACCUGGGAUCUGGACCUACUGUGGCCUCCAUAAGAGACCUGAUGGAGACAAGGUAUGGAGAGAAAGGGGAAGCCGUCCGGAUUGAGAAGGUGGUGUACACCGGCAAAGAGGGAAAGAGCUCACGAGGAUGUCCGAUUGCUAAGUGGGUGAUCCGCCGUCGCUGCGAGACAGAGAAGCUGCUGUGUCUGGUGCGUCAUCGUGCAGGCCACCACUGUGAGAACGCUGUCAUCAUCAUCCUCAUUAUGGCCUGGGAAGGUGUCCCGAAGGCCAUGGCUGACAAGCUGUACCGUGAGCUCAGUGUCACCCUCACCAAAUAUGGCAACCCCACCAGCCGACGAUGUGGCCUCAAUGAUGAUCGUACCUGUGCGUGUCAAGGCAAGGACAGUGAAACAUGUGGUGCUUCCUUCUCCUUUGGCUGCUCCUGGAGUAUGUACUUUAAUGGCUGUAAGUACGCCCGAAGCAAAUUGCCGCGCAAGUUCAGGCUACAAGGAGAUCACCCUGAAGAGGAGGACAAACUCAGGGAUAACUUCCAGAAUCUGGCAACUGAGGUGGCUCCAUUGUACAAGCGGCUGGCACCACAGGCCUACAGUAACCAGUGCCAGUCAGAGGCGAAAGCUCCGGAGUGCAGGCUGGGUUUGCAGGAAGGUCGGCCAUUCUCUGGAGUCACUGCUUGCAUGGACUUUUGUGCCCACGCUCACAAGGACCAGCACAAUCUCUAUAAUGGUUGCACAGUGGUGUGUACUUUAACGAAGGAGGACAACCGUGCAGUGAAGGGGAACCCUGAAGACGAGCAGCUUCAUGUGUUGCCACUUUACAGGAUCUCCCCCACUGAUGAGUUUGGCAGUGAAGAGGCCCAGCGACUCAAAAUGCAGACAGGAGCCAUCCAAGUGCUUCAGGCUUUUCGCCGCGAGGUACGCAAGCUGCCUGAACCUGCCAAGUCCUGCCGGCAGCGCAGACUGGAGGCCAAGAAGGCCAACUCGGAGAAGAAGAAGAAUAAACUCAUGCAGCAGGCAGGGGAGACGCCAGAGAAAACCACGAUCAAGACUCAGGUCUGCAUCACCGGUCCCCCUCAACCCCAAGGCAAUAAAGCAAUUAUAAAACAAGAGGUGAAGCCCAACAUCAAGAAGGAGCCCUUCAAUGGUUCAAUAGAUGGAUAUCAUGUGCAGGCAGCAGACCCAUUUAACAACAUCUAUCCACACCCUGCCUACUAUGCAAGGGGAGGCCUCCCCCCAAGUGGCCAGCCCUCUGCACCAGACCCAGUAAACGGAUACCACCACAAUCUGCCUGCAAUGCACUAUGGCUACUACAACUACCGCCCCAAUGCACUUUUCCCCCCUAAGCUGAGGACCUACGAAGGUCGAAAUGGCUCUUUGCCCAAAGAAGGAGGCAAGGCUGUCCAGGUUGACAUGAAGCCUGAUAUUCAGAGCCUUCAGGCCAGACUGGCCCAGUCCUACCCCAGUCACCCAGAGCAAGCCAACCUCCAUCCUAACCACAGCGCUUACAUCCAGCCUGCAGAAUACAACCAGUCCCGUCCUUCCUCCGUCUGCUCAGAAUCCUCCAACAGAGGCACUCCAGUCAUCAAACAGGAACCUAUGGAUGUGCCAGUCUAUGAAGGCACAAUGCAGAGCCCGGCUGGUGCCAACACACCUAGCACCACGCCCCAGCCUGUGGCCUGGCCAGGGCACAAGCCUAAUGGAAGUAUGGCUCCCUCCAACUGGGAAGGCCAUCCGAACCCUAAGCUUAGUACUGAAGCCCCAAUGUUGACUCCAGACAAGCAGCAGUUUCACCAGCAUCUACAGCAGCGGCAGCCUUCUCCUUACCCCCAGCAGUGGUCACCCUACCCUGGUUCAAAUGCCCUGAUGGCUUCCCCUGCCCCAUCACCUUCACUCAAGGUACCUCCCUCUCCAUCUCCGUCCCCUCACCUAGGCACAGCCCUCCCUGGUAACUUACACCAAGGGUCCUCACGCCCUGCCACCCCACGCCCAAGCACUCCCCACCCAGGUACACCACAGCCUGGCAGCUCUCACUCAGGCUCAGUUACACCACAGCCAGGCACCCCAGGCCCAGGCACCCCUCGGCACUGGGCCAGCCCUUGUCCUAGCCCUCAGCCGAAUGCUUGGGCCAUGGGGCCUGCGGUAUAUAGCCCUGGUUUGAAGCACAGCAAUCCUGCAGGAGCCUACCCAGACAAGAUCUGGUCUAAGACUGGGGAAAGUCGGUGUUCCACUCCCCUUGGGCUCCAAGAGAAGGCCUGGAAGUCUUGUGGAGGUUCAUUGGCAGGCAGUACGCCGUCCCCUGCGCCUGAGGGUCGACUCUUCCCUGAUGCCCUGCAGCAGUCAGACCAGGCCUGCUGGAAUCCCAGCCGAGCUGAGAGUGACAUUCAGAGCACCAAGGGCCAUGACCAUGAUGACGAGGAGUGGUCUGACAGCGAGCACAACUUCCUGGAUCCCAACAUUGGUGGUGUAGCAGUAGCACCAGCCCACGGCUCCAUCCUGAUAGAAUGUGCUCGUCGGGAGCUACAUGCUACCACUCCACUCAAAAAGCCUGAUCGCUCCCACCCCAGCCGCAUCUCCUUGGUCUUCUACCAGCACAAGAACCUCAACCAGCCCAUGCAUGGCCUGGCUAUAUGGGAGGCCAAGAUGAAGCUUCUUGCAGAGCGAGCGCUGCAGAGGCAGCAGGAAGCAGCUCUUCUUGGCCUCUCCCAGGAAGACAUCAAAGCCCUCGGAAAGAAGCGCAAGUGGGGGUCUACGGUGGCAGGUGCCAGUCCAGGACCUGGACAAUCUAAGGACAAGAGGGAGGGGCCAGUGACGCGGUUAGCCCCCACGUUCCACACUUCCUCUACAGUUACUGUGUCUCCCUAUGCCUUCACCCGCCUCACUGGGCCCUACAGUCACUUUGUCUGAGGUCAGACACACAGACUGACUGAUAGUUACAGAGUGGUGCAGUGGAGGGCUGGAGAGAGCGAUGAGCAGGAUGAAUGUCUCUCAGCCGUCCCGCAGUCUGGCAUCUCUCCAUCCUGCCCCCUCCGCAGUCCACUUGGAGGAGGGGACAUUUUUAUUGUUUUUUACCUCAUGUCAGGCAGUGGUUUGGGCUUCAGACACACUGCCUGUGGUGCUCUUCCUCUCUUUUCCCUGGAGAGGAACUCCAUUGCUUUCUCUUGUUCAUAGAAUUUUAAUGAUUCUAAUUAUUGCUAUUAUUAUCAAUAUUAUUAUGAUUGCUAUUGUUACUGUCAAUGUUGUUAUUACAGGUAUUAUUAUGAUGAAGACUUGUUUUUUUUUAUUAUUGCUGUUUUCAUUAAUGUUAUUAUUAAUGAUGUGAUUGUUUUUGGUUAUAUAUUUUUUUAAACCAAUCAGUCUGUGUCAGUCAGACUCAGACAGUUGCUUUUUCCAUGUUUGGAAAACGUGUACACUUUUUUGUUUCUGAUUUUUCUUUGUUCUUGUCAAUCUUCCAGCUGUACUUAGAGGAGGAGCCAUUAUCUGCCUGGCAAGACAGCAAAUCAAUAUUACAGGAAUCAUAUAAAGUAGACUUUCCAGAAGGCUCGCCUUAGAUAUCUACCUGGAAUAUGAAUAUAUAUAUAUAUAUAGAUAUAGAUAUAUCUAUAUAUAUACAGGUAUAUAUCAUUUAUUUUAAGGCAGUUUAGUCCUCCAUAAAAGAUAAUUAUUAUCAACCUGGGACUCCAUCUCCUAGUUUUGUGUUCAAAUUCCCAUUGCUUAGGGUGACAUUGAUUUAGUUUAGCAGCAGCAAUGAAAGACAGUAGCAGUGUACUGGAGCCUGCCACCAUCCUUUCUUUUUAUUUUCUCUUGCCUAAAACGUAUACAUUUUUAAUUAAAUAUUUUACUUAAACAUAUACUCUAUCUUGGCAUUUGCGUGAUUUCAGAUUUUCCCCAUUAGCUGGGAACUCUCUUAUUCUCAGCAUGAUGUAUCAUUUAUUAAAGAUCAGUUGUAUUUGCACUGAUGCAAACGGUUAUGUACCUGAAUAUACCAGAAGAGUAGUGCUUGGUCUUGAUUGUUUGCUUUGUGACUGCAGAGCCCCUGGAUGGCUAAAACUUAACUCUAAAGUUUAGAAAGUAGGAAAGUCAUACCCAGGUUCAUAAUAAUUACGUUUGUCCUUUAAAACCUAUUUAGAGAAAGUGUUUCUCAGCUUCUCUUGUCAUGAGAUGACGUGCUCCUCCUCCUCUCGUGCACCCCUCCAGCUUUCGACUGGUGCUCAACUUCCAGCUCUGAUCGAUUUCCAUUCCGCCACUCUUCAUGGCACUUGAUGCUGUAUUUUAGGUGCUCUUACUCUAAUCUGGCUCAACUAGUAUUAGCAAGUGAAUUUCUUUAGACUGAGGUGGAGUAGCAGAAUGAUGGGAUUUAUUGCUUCAAGACAUCAGUGGAGUAAAUCUGUCAUGCCAUGAGAAGUAUACUGGAUUUUUGACAAAUCCUCUGCUUUUCAUUUGUCCCUGUAACUGCACACAUAUGGUACUCCACGAAGGCUAAUAUAAGUAUUUUCAAUUGCCACUUGAGCCAGAUCUGCAGAUAGAGAUGGAACAGGUGUCACACGUUAUCUUCCUGUAACAUUCAAGUCGGGGUGAGCACCUCCCAGUGUAAACUCUAGAGGGCAGCAGUGGCUCGCGUGUACAAACAAACCUAGAAGCACUUGAGAUCUAUUCAGAGGGAGCUGCUUUAUCCACCCAUGGCCAGUAGAGGGGGAUCUCACCCUGUUUGCUGACCAUGGAUGGUAAAGACGAUCUUUGUCCCCUUGUGACACAAAUGUGAACGAAGGAAACAGUGUUGGGACAGCAGUGCUUUUGGUGCUCCUACACACACUCUGGUGCUCUCCUAUUACACUUGAUUUACUGUGAAGGACCUCUCUCCUCUGCAUGGUGCUGUCAUCUUCGAGCAGAGGGAGACAUGUCCUUCUGCAAACACCUUGUCACCACAGAGCCAGUCAAUCAAAGUGGCCGCCCCAUGGUGCCAGCUCCGUCACUGGGCUCGAGAACUGGUCUCUUUUUGAGGUGCUUUUGCAGUUUAUUGUGGCAAAGUGUUUUUGUCUCAAACAAAGUACACUGUACAGGGCAGACGGUGCAUUGUUGAUAACUAUUUCACAGAGAGAACAAUAGUACUGAGAAGUAAAGGGAGACCUUGGAAAACAACUGUAGCUGCUGGGAGUUGGUGCCAUAUGCAAGUGCUUUGAAUCAAUGAAUCUCUCACUUUGUGUAUGUGUGAGUGUGUGAAAAUGACUCAGAUGCAUGGGUGUGUGAAAGGGAAAAGCCAAAGAGAGAGAAUAUUCAAAUCACUCCUUUUUGUUUUCAGGCACCGAGCAGUGAUGUGGUUCACGUGCAACAUGUGUCGAAAAUACAAAUGAGUGACUAAUUUAAUUGGAUACUGGCUGACUCCUGGCUGCUGGGUAGUUGUUUGGGUCCUGGUCAUCUGUGAAAGACCCUGUUACCUCUCCCGAGGGUCUCCAGCUCUCUACCUCACGCUGUAGAGACACUGGUCACAAUCACAACUUGCUACUGAGGGCAGAGAAUCAUGCAUAUGUCCCUUUGUGUGCUCUAGAUCUUCACACUCAUUUAAACCUGCUUUUUUAUUUUUAUUUUUUUUUACUCUUAUUUAUUACUACAUGGUGAUGAUGAUGAUGAUAAUGAUUGUCUUUGAUGUUUUUUUCAUCUUUUUUUAUAUAGCUAAUACAAAUUGUACAUAGAGAAGAAAAGAUUUAUAAAAGCACUUUUAAUCUUGAUUUUAAUGACAAAAAGAAAGAGCCGAUUAUUGACAACUUGAAGCUUAGUUUUUCGUUUGUUUGUUUUUUUUCUCAAGAGAGAGAUAAAAAUGUAAAUAUUAAAAUAUUUAGGUAAGAUUAUUUAACUGGUGAGGAUAGUAACUAAACCAUGAAUGACAAGGGGGUAUUUUGAAGUCUCUGACAGCCCUCAACGACAGUAAACAACACUUGGUCCCAACGUGUUGUGUGUAAAUGUGUGCUUCGUAACAUUGCUGUUUUGCUUUCGUAAGUACUGUACCCCUUGUCAGCAUGUAACUGACAGAGACGUGUCACUUUCUAAAAACAAAUUCAUUAGCCAAAUUAUGUACCCUAAGGCUACACUUUACUUACUCACUGAUUGACUGAUUGACUGAGUAUAAAUAGAGAAUCCCCCAUGUCACUGCUCUCUCACCAAAACGUUGAAUUUUAGAGUUUGUCGCUUUACAGCAACUCAAUUGUCGCGAGUUAGAUGAAAAGAUUGAUACCACUCCCCAUACAGAGAGUGGUAUUGAUCUUCUCAUCUGAGUGCAAUAUUUCCCAAAUUGCUGAACCCUUAAUAAUAGUAGAUUUGUCAGUUGUGUUAGACUAUCAGGUCACCUGUGUCCCUGCUUCUUUAGAUGUAUCUAUCAUUAUUCACUCUAGUUCUCAUAAUAGCAACUACUAACUUGGCAUAAAAAUC